AUUUAAAAAGGGAAGAAAAGAGGAAAAUAAGGAGAAUUGUAGAGAAAUGACGUUAAAGGAGAAGUAUUCGGAACUUCCUGACAUGGACACAGGAAAAGAUGUGUAUGAAACACCAGACUUUGUGGAAGACCAAUGGAUGGAAAAUUCAUCUAAAUAUGAAGGAGAAGAAACGCAGAAUGAGGACAUUAGUAAUGAUCGAUUAAAUGUUUGUGAGGCAAAAAGUCGAUUUUUGAGGGAACAAGUGGAAGCAGAAGAUGUUGAUUUUUCAGAGAGAAUUAGAGGAAAAAAUAGAAAAUCAUAUGUGACAAGAAAUUUUCAUGAUUAUGGGGUUAUUGAGGAGACAAUUGAUGAAAAACUAGCACGUUUACGAAGAGAAUUGGAAGAGGUUAGAGAGGAGUUGAAUCAAAAGAAAUUUCAGGAAAAUAAGAAUGAAAAUGAGACGGUUAAUAAGAGUUUUGCAGAUUUGAGUGAAUUAGAUUAUCAGAUGGCAGAACUUGAAAAUAAAACGAAAAAGAGUGCAAUUGCAAUGCUUUCUAAGAGAUUAGAAGAGCUAUCUCUUCCGGAGUCUAUAAAUAAUGAUGAUAAAGAAGUUGUGAUGGAAACAAAUGAGUCAUUAAAUCAGCCGUUAAAAUAUACGUUAAAUUAUAACCCUUCGUAUAAAGAAAAGCAUCUUGAACUGGAUUUAUCAGAAUUUGAAAACCGUUUAACAAUGCUUGAAAAAUCAUUGGGGAUUGAUCAAAUACAUUCAUACAAAUUACAGGCUCCAAUCUUAUCAACACUUUCUUAUUUAGAUAAGAAGAUUACUCUAUUGACAUCAAAUAAAAGUUAUAUUGAUUCAAUAACAAAAAAAGUUAAGAAUUUAGUAGCAGAAAUGGAAAUUUUACAUGAAAAAAAGACAAAAAUGGAUUCUAAAACAUCUGAUUUAAAUACUACUCCUCAAGAAAAGAAAAUUGAUGCUUUAUAUGAGAACUUGGAAAUGAUAGAAAGUAUUUCUCCAAUUCUUCCAAAUCUUUUAGAUAGAUUAAAAGCUUUACGUAUUAUUCAUGCUGAUGCUGCUACUGUAACUACUGGGCUUAAGGAUUGCACACAAAGACAACAUAUCAUUCAAGAUGAAAUGUUAGAAUUAAAAGAAACUCUUCAAAAAGUUGAAUCUACUAUGAAAGAAUCAAAAAUAACAAUUCAAUCUAAUAUGAUGGAAAUUGAAAAUAUGGUCAAGAAACUUGAACAAAAGGUAGAUCACUUUGAAAAAAAAUAAAAACUAUUCUAUUAUUUAACAAAUACUAUAUAUUUUUGUUUUUGAU